UCUGCAUCCAUCCAGAGCCAGCCAGCCAGCGUCGCGUUGUCUCUCAUUGUUUUUCUGCCAUUCCAAAACUAAACAUCGUCCAAAUCGAUUGCACUGCACUUGUGCAUUUGCAUUUUAUUUUGCAAAUCAAAUAUCAUCAUCAUAAUCACAAUAUAUAAAAAUAUUAUUGUGUGAGCAAAAGUAAAUUUUAUAUUUGUUAAAUAUAUUUCAAAGUGACGUACAAUUAACCAAAGUAAAGUUUUGUUAAUCGCAAGUUCCAAGAAUUUUCUAUCUAGUCCAGAACUCAGCGCCAACACAACCUACGCACUUAAAAAAGUACAUCUUACCGGUAGAAUAGAAAGAAAAAAAAAAAAAAAAAACAACUCAGACUUCAAGCAAAAUAAGCAUAGAGUUAAAUAAAUGAAACCUUCAUCAAAAAUGAAUGUAGAAGAAAAUCAACCGUCAACGUCAAGAGGACGCAAUGCAACCUAUUUUUCAGACGCGAAUGAUAAUCCAGAUAAAUCAAAAAAUCCCCAACCCGAAAAUCAUUUUUUAAGACGACGUGCGAACAGAAACAGAUUGAUACAAGCAGAACGCCAACGUGAAAGACAACACAGAUUGCAACAUGCUCAGCUAAAUGCUAGACGCAUGCGUCGGAAUUUACCACCUCUAGCCGAUCCUUAUGAUUCAGCUGAAUCGGGAUGCUGGAGUAUUAAAGAUCGCCGACCAAAAACCAAAAACCAGCUAUAUUGGGAUCAAAUCCAUAAGCAGGAUCUUGAAAUGCAAGAAAAAGAGGAACUUGCAAGGAAGCAAGAAGAAGAAGAGGAGUUAGACGCCUUGUUUUUCUACAUGACUCACGGGCAUGAUGACGAUAGCACUGGUCGCAAAGUUAAGUUCCCACCAUUUUUGGAUAUUGAGGCUAUGGAUCGAGAAUUUAAAGAACAGCUUGAGAAUGAAGCGGAGAAGACAAAAUUGAGAGAAGCAGAAGAAGAGAGAUUAAAAGAAAAGAAAAUCAUUGCCAAAUAUUUAAGGGAACAAGAAGAGAAAAGAAGAGCAAAACUAAGAGCAAAAGGGAUCGAAGUACCUGAAGUUAUUGAGAUUGGAUCAAGUGAUGAAGAGGAAAGUCGUAUUACCCAACGCGCCAUACAGUGGACUGGUUAUUGGAUAGAAAACGGCAGAAACAACACCAGCGGAAAAUGCAUCAUAACAAGACCCCUCGUUACUAUAAAUAACCCCGAAAUGAUGAAUAAAUGUUCCCUACCUCGAUUUAACGUAAUGUGUCCUGUACAUGUAGAGGAGAGUGACAGCGAAUAAACAAUUCGCCUUGUAUCACAAACUAAAAAAAAAAAGGAAGAACACACUUUUUAGCUGAAGCUCCAUUUUCGUUUUAUACAAAUUAAAAACAAGAAUUAAUUCAUUCAAUCAUUACAAAUCACAUGUUUGCUCAAUUUGGAAUUUAGCAAGGAAUGCAACUCUUAACUUUCUUUUAAUUAGCCCACAAACGAGAAGGUUUUCAUGUGCAAAGAAGAAAAAUAUGCACAAAUUAUUUUAUGAAUGAAUUAUCAAAAUAUUUGUUUUUGUUAUCUGAACUAUUAAGUUCCAUUAAUUGAAGUUAGAGUUUUUUUUUUUUUUUGAAUUUUGUUGCUGAGUGCCAAGUAUGUUUUUUUAAACAUAGAUGUGAUCUUUUUAUUGAUCUUCAGAAUAUUAUAAUAGAUGUUGUAUUAUUCUCCAAACACUCUAAACAACAAACUACCAAACAAUUUAAAUACAAAAUAAUAAAAUUUGUAUUUUUUGUUGAACAGAAAAAAAAAAAAAAAAAAAAAACAAAA